ACUGCCAUGCGAACACCCUGCCCAUGGUCCUGACACUCCGGCCCCACCCACAGCACCAUGGCCUCAGUGAGGAUCCCGGGCCCCUCAGCUGGCCAGACCUACGCCAUCCCUCUCAUCCAGCCAGACCUGCGGCGGGAGGAAGCCAUCCAGCAGGUGGCCGAUGCCCUGCAGUACCUGAAUGAGGUCUCAGGAGACAUCUUCAGCAGGAUCUCCCAGCGUGUGGAGCUGAGCCACAGGCAGCUGCAGGUGCUUGGGGAGCGGAUCUCCAAGAGCCAGGCCAAGAUCGAGAAGCUCAAGGGGAGCAAGAAGGCCAUCAAGAUGGGGAGCACACCGCCAAGUUCCCGGCCCGAGCGCCUGCAGGACUACAGCUCAGUCUUCUCAGGCGCACAGGACCCGGGCCUCCAGCCACGGCCGCGCUGCCACAUGCAGAGCAAGCACUGGCCGCUGGAGGAGCGGGCCCUGCAGGAAAAGCUGAAGUUCUUCCCUCUGUGUGUGAACACCAAGCCAGAGCCUGAGGAUGAGACCGAGGAGGGGCUCGGCGGGCUCCCCAGCAACAUCAGCUCCGUCAGCUCCCUGCUGCUGUUCAACACCACGGAGAACCUGUACAAGAAGUACGUUUUCCUGGACUCGCUGGCGGGGGCGGUCACUAGGACCCAUGUGAUGCUGGAGAAGGAGGAGAAGCUGUUCGAUGCCCCUCUGUCCAUCAGCAAGAGAGAGGAGCUUGAGCGGCAGGUCCCUGAGAACUACUUCUAUGUGCCAGACCUCGGUCAGGUGCCCGAGAUUGAUGUGCCAUCCUACCUGCCUGACCUGCCCGGCGUUGCCAAUGACCUCAUGUACAGUGCCGACCUGGGCCCAGGCAUUGCCCCCUCUGCCCCUGGUGCCAUCCCGGAGCUCCCUGCCUUCCAGACAGAGGUGGACACACCUUUCAAGGCUGACCUAGAGGGUGGGGUGCUCAUAGCACCCCCCCCACCACCGCCACCGCCACCACCACCUCCACUUCCGCCAGCUCCUGCAGUGCUGGCCAGCGCACCUGCAGGCCUACCCCUGCAGACUGCAGCCACGACCAGUGCAGGCCCUGCUGAAAGUAGCAGCAGCACCCCUGCUUCAGCACCUGUCCAGGUGGCUCCUAAGGAGGUGGUGGACCCCUCCAGCGGCCGGGCCACCUUGCUGGAGUCCAUCCGCCAAGCUGGGGGCAUCGGCAAGGCCAAGCUGCGCAGCGUCAAGGAGCGCAAGUUGGAGAAGAAGAAGCAGAAGGAGCAGGAGCAAGUGAGAGCCACGGGCCAGGGCGGGGACCUGAUGUCAGAU